GGAAGGACAAAAGGGGUCUCGUUCAAACACGUUUAAACUGAGCGCCGGGUGCGCAGCUUAGUAGAGCUGCAAAUACUUUGAACUGUCUAAUCUUCGAUUAAGCACGACUCUGCAUUGUUGGUAGCUAUUUGAAGGCGCGCCAAAGUUCUGACACAUUUGAACAGACCGAAUACAGUCAUAGAACUGCGCGGCAAAAGCAAGGCACAAACAAAAACAUGUGGAUGUAGCAUUGAACUAACGGCCCCUAUGACAUCACUGCAGCUGAGAGUGGAGAAGACACACCGGCCUAGUGAGUGACUGCGAGCUGUGACGGAGGAGAGGGUUCGACAUGGGACUACACUCAGCCCAGAAGAAACACUUUCCCCUAAAGGGGAUCGAUGGUGUGGUUGCGUUGUUCGAUGCGGAGCUCCGUAAACCCGAACCGGACCUGGCCCUUCUCUCAUUGGUCCUGGGCUUCGUUGAACACUUCCUGGCCGUGAACCGGGUCAUACCAAUAAACGUCCCGGGGGUGCGCUUCGAGCCACUGGAGCCAGACUGUCCAAACUCCUGCUUCCCUACAGUGGAGUUAGGGAUGCUGUCGGCCCUACGUGAGCGUUUUACUGCCCAAAUCCGGGGAGCAGUGGACCUGUCUCAGUACCGCAGGCCUGCUGGUGGAUCCAGCAGGGAACUGGUGAAGAAGGUGUCUGACGUCAUCUGGAACAGCCUGAGCCGCUCCUACUUUAAGGACCGCGCCCACAUCCAAUCCCUCUUCAGUCUCAUCACAGGCACAAAGCUGGACAGCUCGGGGGUGGCCUUUGCAGUGGUGGCAGCGUGCCAGGUUCUGGGGCUGCGGGACGUUCACCUCGCCCUGUCCGAGGACCAUGCCUGGGUCAUCUUUGGCAAGAACGGAGAGGAGACCGCUGAGGUCACCUGGCACGGCAAGGGCAACGAGGACCGGAGGGGGCAGACAGUUGCCGCCGGUGUCGGCGAGAGGGUAAGUAAGAGCUGGCUCUACCUGAAGGGCUCCUAUAUGAAGUGUAACAGGAACAUGGAGGUGGCCUUCAUGGUGUGUGCCAUCAACCCUUCACUGGACCUGCACACUGACAGCUCUGAGAUGCUACAGCUUCAACAGAGGCUUCUAUGGCUGCUCUAUGAGCGAGGAGACCUGGAAAGUCGCUCUUUGCCGUUGCUGUGCCUCAGAUACCCCAUGGCCAUGGGCACCCUGGCUGAUCUGGAGGACCAGGAGCCCCUCCCUGGCAAAGAGAACCCCUACACCAUCCACCUUCAAGCUGUGAACUCUGCUAAGAAGUACUACAACAACGAACACAUCUACCCUUUCAUGUACCUGGCUGGCUACCACUACAGACACAGGGAGGUCCGGGAGGCACUGGGGGCCUGGGCCGAGGCUGCACAGGUCAUGCAGGACUACAACUACUUCCGCGAGGACGAAGAGAUCUACAAGGAAUUUUUCGACAUCGCCAACGACGUCAUCCCCACCCUGCUGAAGGAGACGGCUGCAGCUGCCGAGAGCGGAGGGGAGGGAGGGGAAAAGGACCAGCCCAUACAGGCCGCCGCCCUCUCGGCCCUCCAGGACCCAGAAUGCUUUGCCCACCUGUUGCGGUUUUAUGACGGUAUCUGUAAGUGGGAGGAGGGAAGCCCCACCCCCGUCCUCCACGUGGGCUGGGCCACCUACCUGGUCCAGUCCCUCAGUCGUUUUGACGCACAGAUUCGUCAGAAAGUGUCUAUCAUCACCAAAGAGCCGGAGCCCCAGGACGACGACGACCAAUCCAGCGAGGACCCCCGCGAGGGGCGAAGACGUGGGCCGAGACGUGAGUCCAAACUGGAAGACCAAGCUUCCCCUCCUACACAAUCCACCCCCACCACCCCUGUCCCACCACCAACCCAGCCCGCCCAGGCCAAGAAAGUAGGUGGGGAGGGUGGGACGCGGCGUCGCUCCUCAGGACUCCGCGGAGGAGACCCAGAAGGCAAGGCCAAGUCCCCCAGCCCGGUGCCCUCUCCUGCCCAACAGCUGCCUUCCCCCAGCAUGGGUCCCCUGGUGGCCUUCCAGAGCAAGAAGAUGAAAGGAAUGAAGGAGCUGCUGUCGGCAGCCAAGAUCAACUCCAGUGCCAUCAAGCUCCAGCUCACCGCCCAGUCACAGGUUCAAAUGAAGAGGCAGAAGAGCACGCAGUCGGGAGACUACACCAUGUCGUUCAUGAAGCGCCAGCGCAAAUCUCUGUAGAAGGAGAACUCUGGCUGUAGAACUUUCUCCAGCCUGGUUCCCAUGUCUGGUUGUGUUGUAUAGCCAACUCUCAUGGUCAUUGUCAUAGGAGUGUCUAUACAGCACAAACAGAUCUGGAACCAGGCUAGAGUUUCUAUUGGGAGAAAACAAAGGGAGACUGACUGUAGGACUGAAUGAGAGGCAAGGCAAUACACACAACUGAUGCAUCAGCGAUGAGCUUUUUAUUUUUUUUAUUUUUAAGGUUAUUUUAGCAAUCAUAUCAUAAGUCCUGUUAAGGUCAUAAGAGGGUCGGUAAGAACAUGACACACGUGUCCAUGUGGAGUAAGUCACUUUAAUCAAGUUUGAACAGAUUUGUCAACCAAGUCAUUCUUUUUAAUCUUGUGAUUCAAAAAUGAUUGUGUAUCAUAGGCCGUUUAAAACAUUAAAUUGCUGUCACUUUGUGUGGAUCUAAUGGGCAGUAGUGCACAUCAACUCUUUGAUACUGAUUUAUGUGUAGAAGCUCUGUAAAGCCAAAGUAAUGGUGAAAACACCCUGUCCCAGAACCUGUUUUGGAAUGGGGGAAUUGCUCUGUUAGAAAGCAGUCUGAAUUCCAUUCUAUAUUUUCUGCCCUUGAAUCUUAAUUUUCAUCUUUUUGAUUGAAAUCCCUGGAAGUGAUUCGGACUAUUACUGUGUAACAAUGUCCAACUCUGUUACGUUGGCUCUUUAUAUGCUAGCUAUUUGUUGCCUUAUACUUUGCCUUUUUUUUCUAAUGUAGGUGGCCUUCAGUUGAGACUAGCCAGAGCUGCAAUAGGCAAUAGAAAGUGACCAGAAAGACCACACACUGUUUAAAUGGGAUUGCUGUAGGUGUCCCUGGUAGCUACAUUCAGUAGUAUUUUGCUUGAUAACUUGUUUGUUUUUUAUCUGCAGAUAAUAAAAUAAGUUAAAAUGA